AUGAUCAGUUCCGACGGCGAUACGAAGUGGUCGAUGCUUGUACCCGAUCUGAGCACAAUAUACUCUCUCGAAGACGUAAAGAUAGUGAAGCCUAAUAAGAUAAUCAUCAAAGGUUAUGCAGUUUCAGGGGUUGGACGAGCCAUUGAGAGACUAGAAAUAUCUCUGGACCAAUGGAACUCUAGCGUGGAAGCUUCUAAAACCCCAAAAACGGGUAACAACAACAACUCUGCAUGUGUGUGGUUUGAAGCCACCGUUGAUGUUUCACAGACCUACGAGGUCAUAGCAGCCAAAGAGAUCAAAGUUAGGGCAAUAGUGAAAAAACAUAAACCAGUAUCAGUUCAGUGGCAGACACUUGUCCCCGACUUGAUUAGGUCUGUCUUCGAACGCUUGAACUUUGUUGAGUUUCAUCGAGCCAGGUCCAUUUCUUUAGAUUGGUACUCCACUGCUGGAUUAUGUUACAGACAACACCCAACUCCAUGGCUCAUACUCUUUUCAAACAUUAGCCGUAUUUCAUGUAAGUUGAUUGAUCCUCAUAAUGACAAAACAUACGAGGUAAAAGAUCUAGGUUUUGAUUUCCAUAAGAGUCGUUGUUUGGCGAAUUGUGGUAGCUGGUUCUUGAUGUUAGACCACAGAACUGAUUUUUACAUUUUCAAUCUGUUUACUCGAGAGAGGAUUCGUCUUCCGAGUCUGGAAGCAAUGGAUGGAUCGCAAAUGAGGUUUGAGAGGACCGGUGAGUACGACUUCGAGGUGACCUUGGAUUAUAAAACUAAGUGUGGACAUUUUACUUCGGGUAAGAUCAGAAAAGUUAGAAUAAAGAAUGCAGUUUUGUGGGUAGAUGAAAAAAGUAGAGAUUACUUAGUUGUGUGGAAUCUUGAAUGCUUUAUUGCAUACCACAAGAAAAGUUAUAGUAACAAUAGUUGGAAAGUGUUUCAACCUUUAAACAUGCGAGGUUGCGUCAACAUGGUGUUAAAAGAAACCAAGCUUUACGUGCUUAGUCUAAGUAAACAAAUCACUGUUUAUGAGUUUUGUGGUGGUGGUGGUGAUACUCCAAAUGAAUGUGCAAGUUUCAGAUCUCCGGAUUUUCAGAAAGAUCUUGAAAACAGUCUUGUUGUGACUCUGUCCGGGGAGGUUUUAAUGAUCGCGAGGAAGAUAUGCAACUUCGACAUCUACAAGAUGGAUCAAAGUUCAUCAAAGUGGAUAAAAACCAAUUCUAUUGGGAACGAAGCAUUGCUUUUGGAUCAAGGAACAACUGUUGAAGCUAAAGAUGGAGUUAGAAGAAAUUACGUAUAUUUUAGUAAUGGUGAGCUUCAUAGAUACAACGAGAUUAGUCUAUGCUAUGGAACUAAUAGCUGCGUCUACGAUAUUCAAACCGACAAGGUUGUCCAAUGCUUUCAUCAGUUUGCAGAUAUAUCGCUAAUACCUUUCAAGGAUGCUCGUUGGUUUUUCCCAACUUUUGGUGGCAAAUGGUUGCUUUGA